GUCGACGAUGCCGGAGCAGGAGAGGUAUGUCCCGCCAGCUGACAGGCGCGGUGACCCGUGACUCGUCGUGACGCGCCGCGGAAGCCGCUGGGACAGAGCACGCGGCGCACCACGCGGGGCGCCCGGGGCGAGCGGUCAAAAGGCGGGCACAGCGCCGCUGCCAUUCGAGCGUCCAUCACACAAGCAUGGGCAACGCCGCAGACAUCGCCAAGGAGCUCGCCGUCCCGCCGGGCGGCCUGCCGUCGCAGAUCGAGCAGAUCGACCACCGCCUCAACCUCAUCGCCGCAUGGCAGAGGGGCGGCGCCGACUUCAGCGCGCGCUGUGUCGAUAUCGGCUGCGGGCAGGGCGACCAGACCGCCGCCUUGGCCGGCCUGCAGCAGGGCGAGGUCGUCGGUGUCGACCCGGGGCCGCCAGACUACGGGGCGCCUUUUACGCUGGCAGAGGCGCAAGCGUGCCUGCUUGCCUCGCCCCUUGGCGCGCGUGUCACCUUUGAACACUCAGAUGCGCCGUCUUACCUCGCCAGCACGCCGCUGAAGUUCGCCACAGCCGUGCUCUCCCACUCGCUCUGGUACUUUCCGAGCCAAGCGGCUAUUUUGGACACGUUCGUGGCGCUGCGCAAGGCCGGAGUGCGGCACCUCGCGCUCGCAGAGUGGAGCCUCUCGAUCGGCCACCUCGACGCCCUGCCGCAUCUCCUCUCCGUGCUCACGCAGUCGCUCGACGUCGGGCCAGACAGCGAGGCCAAUGUCCGCUGCCCGGUCUCGCCGGCCGUGCUGCGAAGACUGGCAGAGCAAGCCGGCUGGACCCUCAGCCACGAAGAGACCCUUGCCCAGCCCAGCCUCCGCGACGGCGAGUGGGAGGCGGCAGCAGGGCGAGCGCUGCGUGGCGAGACGCCCCUCAUGCAGACGCACUCUGAUGCGCUGACGGCCGCCUGCGAGAGGACGAAGAGCAUCGCCUGCAUGGAUGUCUGGGCGGCAGUCUUCACCUGACCCGCCUGGUCGGGCAAUGGAUCGCUGGAAA